AUGCCACCUGGUGGGGCUGGAAAUAAUCAGGGUGCGUCGUCGACGAGAGGUCAAGUCUAUCAUCAUGGGCUGCCACCGCCUCCUACCUCUCAUCAUCAUCAGCAUCAUCCUCAUCAUCAGUAUGCUGGGCAGACAGCGGCGCAUCAGUUUUCAUAUCAUCACCCACACCACUUGCAACAGCAGUAUCAAAGGGGAAAGACGGCGUCUGCCGCCAAUACACACCAUCCACAUCCAGCACAUCCCCAUCCACCUCACCAUGGUCAUGGCCACACACCACACACACAGUCUGAGCUCUUGCACUGGUGGCCACCACCAUCAUCCGCACCAGUACCUCCCUCAAUGACUAUAUCACAAGCAGCUGCAGCAUCAGCAUCUUCAUCAACAUCGGCCGCAUCAGCCGCUUCACAAUCAUCUUCAGCAUCUGCAACGACAACAACUACAAAAACAAAGAGAGGCGAUGUUUUAUUUUAAAUUGAUUGUAAGUUUAUUACAUUAUUAUUUUCUCUUCCGUUUAAUUUUUCUCUGUAUUUAAAAAUUAGUUUAAUUUAGCUUUAAGCGCAAAAAAGGACGACUACGCAAAGAAGGACAAAAAAAGAAACCCUAAAAAGAUAUUUUCUUUGUUUCUGUGGCGAAACAAGUAUAAAAUGUAUAAUAGGAAAAUAUCUUCGAGGUUUCAAACAUAUUUAUUAUAUCUGUUAUAAGAGAAAUUAAUUACAUGAAACUAUUUGAAUGAAAUUGAUUAGUUAAUAUGUUUUUAAGAAAAACUCUUGGGCUAGUGAACUAAAAUAGUGGUUUAUUAAACUGAAAGUUUUUGUAAUACGUUUAUAUCCAAUUAAAACAAAAUUGUUCAUCCUUGCUGGAUGAUUACUUUAUUAAUCCGUUUUUUAAAUUGUUUAAAUACUCUAGAACGUCAAAAAUUGAUUUUAGCUGACUUUGCUAAUAUAGCAAAUAAUAAUGCUGUAUUUUUUUUAAACUAAAAUAUUUGUUUUAAAUUGUUCUUCGUCAUUUAAAAAACAAAUGCUUAAAAUUUAAGUUUCAUAUUUUGGAUCAAAAAAUUAAAUGUUGAAAAUAAAAAAAAAAUGAUUGUAAAUGAGGUUUUAAAAUUCUAACGGUUGUAUCUAUUAUGAGCUAGCGUAUGGGCUGAAUUGAAAUUGUCGUAUUUCGAAAAAAUUUGAUUUUAGGUCAUACAUUUUUUCUAAUAUUUAAUUUUAGAUUGCUUCUUUGGAUUGCUAAUUUACGAUUAUGAGAUUUUAAUGCAAAGAUGUCUUGGACAAUUUUGACACUUACAAAAGGGUUAAAAAUAUCCUAGAAAUUUUAAAAUACAUAAUCGUAAAUUAGCAAUAGGAAGGGAAGCAAUCUGAAAUUAAUUAUUAGAAAAUUUGGACAAGAAAUUUUUUUAAGAAAUAAUUUUAACAAAUUUGUGAUUUCAAAUCGGUCUCCACGUUAUUAUAAUCAAAAAAUUAUUUAUUUUUUUAAAAAUUUGUUUAAAUUUUGUUUUUGAAAAUUUGAAUUUUAUAUCCGAUUUUGCGUAAAUUAGCAAUACAAGGAAGAAAUAGAAAAUUUGCCAAGAAAUAUUUUUAAAGAAAUAAUUUUGCUCAUAUUUUCAGCAUUGGAUUUUUAAAUGACGAAAAACUAUUUUAGACCUUAGGAGCAUUAUAGACCAUCGAGAUACAUAUGUAUCUGUAUUUUUGAUUUUUUGCUCUCAACUUCGGGGCAGGUAAUUAAUUUUAGAAUUUCUUGUUAAAUAAAUAUUUUAUUGUUAAAUUUCCUGUACGCCAAAGUUAGAGAAAAAAUCAAAAAUUCUUAUAUUAGAGCAUUCCGGUUGGACAACGUUUUGUUUUAAUACGAUCGAUUAAACGAUCAAACAGAAAAUAUGUUGAAUAGAAAAAUUAAACUCAAUAAAUAAUUAUGAAUACGAAAAAUGCCUCAGAUUUUAAGAUCUUUUUUACUAAUAUUGAUAAAUUUCUUAGAUUUUGACACAUUUUUUCAAAAAGAAAUAUAGUAAGUCUUCCAUUCUGACUUUUAUAUGCGAAAUUAGGAUUUGCUUUGUACAUACGAACAAAAUAAAAAAUGUAUAACUCCCAGACUCCCUAACAAAAACCAUCAACUGCUUGUGGCGGAAUAUUACAAAUGCAAAAUUUUAUAGUAAUCUAAAAUCAAUAUCGGAGUUCCGUAUUAAUUGUGAAUUGUGUAGCCCCAUUGCAAAUCCAAAAUGUUGAUAUUUAAUUGCUGUAUAAUUUUGCAUUUGCAAUAGAACAUGACUGUUCGCAUUUAAUACUAAACUCCGUUAUUAUACAAACAAAUAGGUAAAUAAUUUUGCAUUUUGUGUUUGGCAAUUUCUUCAUAUUAUUUCAAUAAAUUAUUCCAACAAAAUUUCAUAUUAUUCUUCAUAAUUUCACUUGAAUAGUUUCAUAUAUAUUUUUUUCUUAUAGCAAAUAUGCACGCACGUAUGAACAUAAAAUAUCCUUUACAAAUAUACAUAAUAAAUUUCAAACCACAUGAUAUACAGACAAAAAACAAAAAACUUGAAUAUAAUAUAAAUUCAUUAAACAAAAAUUACUACUACUGCAACUACUACUACGUACUAUACAACUACUUUUAUUAUGCAUAAUGCUUUAGAUGUUUAAGUGAAAUAAAAUUAGUAAUUAUAAUUAAAAUAGAAGGAAAAAACUACAACAAAAAAAAUAAAAAAUAAAAUAAUUUAAGUUUAAGUGUAACACAGUAAUGGUAAAAAGUUAUUAUACAAAAAAAUAUUGUUUAUUAUAAUAAUAUAAUUAAUAUUGUUUAUUAUGUAUAAUGUUUUCUUUAUUACGUUCAAAGAAUAAUUCAAAUAAUUUUAUUUAUAUUAAACAAAACAAAAGAUUUUGAUUCGAUAGUAUAUGCUAUUUGAAAUUGUUUUAUUUCUUUUCAUAAAUUUAAAAAAUUUAUAAAUAUUAAUGAACAAAUUUUAUUGUAGAUUAUAGUGCUUUAUACAUAUAUAUAUAUAUUUUCUUUGAAGAAAUAAACAUAUACCCAUACACACAUUAAGCCAGUUUUUU